GUGAAGAUACCACAGUCGCGCCACCAACGUCUUCUGAGCAUCUCAGUCACCAUCGACACAAUCUAAGCUAGCUGCAAGUCUCUGCAACCAUGGACGACAUUUUCACGGACACGGCCAAGGCUCUUCAGGCUAUUGAAGAGCUGAACGCCGAACCCAUCUCCAUCAUCAAGCUGAGCGAGCCCAUCUCAAGCGAAGCGACACAGAGUGAAGAAGCGCGCCAACGGACCUCGGACGCGUCCAAUGCCUCUUUCGAUGCGCCCACACCAGCCAGUUUGGAAGCCGACCUGGCACAUUACAAGGAGCUCUUUGCAAAGCUUCGCUUUUCCUACGUUGAGCAGGUCACAAAGGAGAAAUUCAUCCGCGCCAUUGUCGGGGAUCCACCGCUCAUCGUCACCAUGCAAGAGAAUCUGGAGCUCGAGAAGGAGAACGCAGCCGUCAAGUCUGAGCUCAAGGCACUGAAGCUGGAGGUGGCGGACAUGAUCGAGGAGCUCGAGCGCAAGGGGAGGGAACUCAGUCGGCGCUACGAGACUGUCCAGCUCGAGACAGCCAAGCUGAGAGAUCUGCCGCAGAAGAGCAAGCAACUGGAGGAAAGGAUCGAGGAACUCAAGACAGAGAAAGACCUCACUGGUACCGACCCGAGCAUGAACCUUCCUCUCGCCAAGACGCAGGAGCUCGUGGCCAAGCGUCAACGCGAACAGGCCGAGUUGGCACGGGAGCUCGAGGCCCUGCAGGCAAAGGUUCCGCGCAAGAAGAAGGAGGCCGAGAGAUUACACGCGGAGCUACAGCCGUUGGAGACGAAGCGGCAGAACGGCAUGGCUGCGGCCAGAGAGGCGCAGAGGAGGAAAGAGGCUGCCCUCGGUGGCGCAGCGGAUGAUUUGGAGCAGCGGGCGCGCUGGUGGAGGGCCAACGAAGCAAUCUUGAAGCAGGCCCUGGACAUCCAGACUUGAUGUGUGUCCCCGUGCGAUCUACGACAUGGUCUUGUGUUUUAGCGUGGCGUCUGGGGGACGGUAUUUGUUUAUACGCUAUCGGGAUUCAUCCUGCUGCAUAGCCUGCAUCAUGGGCAGUGAGAUAACUGGGCAAAAUGCUCCGGGC